AUGUCCCCGCAACGUAAACCUUCCUCCAACAUCGUGUCUGAGGCGGAUAGUAAAACUGUUCGCACACAAACUUCUUCUGGAGCUGACUCGGAGGCAUCAAUUAAAUCAAUAGACAGACGGUCUAACCCCCGCCUUAAAAGAAAGCGUGAAAGCAAUAGUGAGCAAAUAGCGGAGAUGAUGGCGGAAAUGAGAAGUAUGUUUGCCGAUUUCAGAGCUCACCAAAGCUCCCAGGACUCUACGUUAGAAAAGAUUUCCUCUUCUAUGGAUGAAAUUAAAGCCCAGAACCUUGAAUUGCGCCAAACUGUGGAUUUUGUUUCUAACAAAUUGGACUCUGUGCAAACUCAAAUAGACAAACUCGAAACGGAUCGCAACAAAAACUUACAGUAUAUCCAGGUCCUGGAACAAAAACUGGAAAAUCUUGAACGAUACAGAAGGUCCACGUGUGUAGAAAUUAAGAAUAUACCCCAUAGCAAAGGAGAAUCCAAACUAUCCCUCAUCACACAACUGUCAACGCUAGCGAACGUCUUGAAUACUCCCAUAGACCCGCAGCAUGUCAAGGAUAUCUUCCGUAUUACCACCAGGGACCCUAACAUGAAGACAAUUAUUAUUGAAUUCAACAGCGUACUUACAAAAGAGCACCUCAUACGGAAAUAUAGGGAGUAUAAUAAAAGUAACAGCACGUGCAAACUAAACACGGAGACCCUGGGCAUCACUGGCCCGCGUAAUCCUGUGUAUGUAUCUGAGAAUUUAUCCCCACAAAUGAAACGGCUGCACUACAUCGCGAAGGACUUCGCAAGCUCCAACGGAUAUAAGCACUGUUGGGUGACUAACGGUAAAAUUUUCCUGAGGAAAAAAGAAGGAACCAGUCUGAUCCUUAUCAACAGUGAACAUGACUUAAAGAACUUAGAAAAACCUAACAACAUUGAGUGA